AUGACUCCACGGGCCGCGGCCUGCCUGCUGCUCGGCGCGGGCCUGGCGCUCUCGGGCCCGCCCGCCCGCGCGCUCUGCGGCGGCCCGCGGGUGCGCCGGCAGGCGCCGGCGGGCGGCGGCCCUCGCGCGGGCGGCGCCCGCGGGCGCGUGCGGGCACGGCUCCCGGUCGUCGCCGCUGUCGCCGUCGUCGCCGCUGUCCGCAGAUCGCCGCCUGCCGAGCACGAGGUCAAAGUCAGCAACAUUAUCCCGACACCUCUUCGGAUGACGACAGUUCGAGCCCAGGUGCCCAACCCCAGCAGCGACAACACACUGUUUCAGCUGCUCCUGCCGGCCACCGGCAGCGAUGACCCAGGGCAGUUCGGCAACACUAAUCCCAAGUGCCGUCCCAUUGACGACCGGUUCGGCACUGGCGCCAUUAAGUCUGGGUCCUGCUCCGCCAUCUGCGACAGCUACAGCGGGGAGCCGGACGCCGACCCCGUCCACCACAGCAUUAGCACCCUCGUGCACUGGCUGGCAAUCCUCGAACCUGACCUGCUAACGGACGACGUCCUGUCGGACGGGGAGAUAGCGGACGACGACCCCAUCCCCUCAUCUACCGACGAGGAGGCCAGCUACGAGUCCACUUCCCGCGCCGUGACCCUCUGCGCUGCCGCGCCGGCCAGCAGCGACCACGACGCCGCUGACACGCGCCCUGGCUGCAUCCAGCGCUCCAUGAGCUGGUCGCGGCAGCUGUGGAUCUCGGCGACAUUCGUGGCCGCUACCUGCGAGGUUGCAGCGUGCCAGCUCUUGGACCGGUUCCGGGUGGUGCUGGACCCAGGCGGCGAGCUGGCCUACGACUGGCCCGAGGGCGAGGGCGGGCUGCCGCUGGCCUUCUUGCUGGACGGGCUCCGCUCGGAGGCCAACGUGGGCUCCAUAGGGCGCACGGCGGCGGCGUUCGGCGCGGCCGGCGGCGUGUGGACUCUAGGCGCGACCCCCCAGCUCUCGAACGCCAGCGCGGCCACCAUCCACGUGGAGGACGCGCUUGCGGCCGUGUCCGCCCUGCGGGAGGCGGGCGUGAUGGUCUGGGCCUGUGAGAAGGACGAGUCGGCGAGGCCGCUGGGGGAGGCGCUGCGGGCGCUUCCGUCGACCGCGGGCACCAUGCCACCGUUCGCCCUGGUGUUCGGGAACGAGCGCGAGGGCGUCUCCCCGGCGCUGCAAGCGGCCUGCGAUGCCACGGUCGAGCUCGCGGUCGGAAGCGGGCGCGCGCUGAACGUGGGUGUGGCCGCAGGCGUCACAGCCUUCCAGGUGGCGGACCACUUCGGCCUGGCCAAGGGGUCCCCGGCGGCGAUCCAGCGCCUCGGCCUGCUGCUGAGGACCGCGCCACAAUUCCACUGA